AUUUCACUCCUUCCGCCCCUCUCCCCCCACUCCUGAUUUUAUUUUGAAACCAUUACUGCAACAAUCACACGUACUGCAGCGUAUUUGUGUGUGAGUGUUUACGGAGGAACCAUGGACGGUGGAGGAGCGCAGAGUAAUCCUCGCACGGUGGAAGAGGUUUUCAGAGAUUUCAAGGGCAGGCGUAAUGGUUUGAUUAGAGCUCUCACCACCGACGUUGAAGAGUUUUUUCAACGGUGCGAUCCUGAGAAGGAAAAUCUAUGCCUUUAUGGAUUUCCGAGUGAGCAGUGGGAAGUUAAUUUGCCUGCUGAGGAGGUGCCUCCUGAGCUUCCGGAGCCUGCUUUAGGUAUAAACUUUGCCAGAGAUGGGAUGCAAGAAAAAGACUGGUUGGCUCUUGUCGCUGUCCAUAGUGAUGCAUGGCUACUUUCUGUUGCUUUCUACUUUGGUGCUAGAUUUGGGUUUGAUAAAGCUGAUAGGAAACGCCUAUUCAAUAUGAUAAAUGAUCUUCCUACAAUUUUUGAAGUUGUGACUGGAGCUGCAAAGAAGCAACUGAAGGAUAAAUCAUCUGUGACAAACCAUAGUGGCAGCAAGUCCAAAUCAAACUCAAAAAUGGGAACAUUGCCCAAUGCCCAGCCAAAGGAUGAGGAUGAGGCAUUAGAAGACGAAGAGGAGGAGGAGCAUGGUGACACCUUGUGUGGAGCAUGUGGAGAGAACUAUGGCACUGAUGAAUUUUGGAUUUGCUGUGACAUAUGUGAGAGAUGGUUCCAUGGGAAGUGUGUGAAGAUCACUCCUGCCAGGGCCGAGCACAUCAAGCAGUACAAAUGUCCUUCAUGUAGUAACAAGAGAGCACGGCCUUGAUGAGUAGUUCUUUAGCUGCUUCGGUUACUUCUCUUGUAAUUGUAUCUUCAUGGCUGCCGCUAACGAUCUAGGUGGUCCUAGUUCCUUUGUGUCGGAUCUUCCUUGAGCACAAUGUUUGCUGGUCUUGUUUAACUGGAUAGUUAACUUGCUUUUACUGUCUUUUGUAGAGAAUACACUCUUGUAAGGAAGAUCUGUGUCUUUCCAUCAUAACAUUUAUGAUUUAAGUGGUUGCUGUUCACCUCAUA